CAUCUUUCCCAAAUCCCCCCAGCCAUUUUCUCUUAUGUCUCUGCCUAGCAAUAAUAAAGCUCUUCUCUUCCUCUUCCUCUUCCUCUUCCUCUCACCCCUCUUUUCCAUCUACUCCGCCGCCGCCCACGGCGGCGGCGCCAUUGACCCCCAACAAUUCAAAGAAGCCCCCGAAUUCUACAACUCCCCAACCUGCCCUUCCCUCCUCAACACCUCCACCGAUGAUGACAGCGACGAGGGCGACGACGACGUCAUCUGCUCGGAGACGGCGAUCCACGUGGCGAUGACCCUCGACGCCGCCUAUAUCCGGGGCUCCAUGGCGGCCAUCCUCUCCGUCCUCCAGCACUCCACCUGCCCCCAGAACGUCAUCUUCCACUUCGUCUACUCGGCCACCACCUCCGACGCGUCCCUCCUCCGCGCCACCCUCUCCUCCUCCUUCCCCUACCUCCGCUUCCAGCUCCACCCUUUCGACGCCUCCGCCGUCUCUGGCCUCAUCUCCACCUCCAUCCGCUCCGCCCUCGACUGCCCCCUCAACUACGCCCGCUCCUACCUCGCCAACCUCCUCCCCCUCUGCGUCCGCCGCGUCGUCUACCUCGACUCCGACCUCGUCCUCGUCGACGACAUCGCCUCCCUAGCCGCCACCCCCCUCGACCCCGCCUCCACCAUCCUCGCCGCCCCCGAGUACUGCAAAGCCAACUUCACCUCCUACUUCACCCCCACCUUCUGGUCCAGCCCCUCCCUUCCCCUCACCUUCGCGGGCCGCAGCCGUCCGCCCUGCUACUUCAACACGGGAGUCAUGGUCAUCGACCUCGACCGGUGGCGUGCCGGCGGGUACACGGCCAAGAUCGAGGAGUGGAUGGAGCUCCAGAAGCGGAUGCGGAUCUACGAGCUCGGGUCGCUCCCGCCGUUCCUGCUUGUGUUCGCCGGGGAGAUCGCGCCGGUGGACCACCGGUGGAACCAGCACGGCCUCGGGGGCGACAACUUCCGGGGGCUGUGCCGGGACUUGCACCCCGGCCCGGUCAGCCUCCUGCAUUGGAGCGGCAAAGGGAAGCCGUGGGCGAGGCUCGACGCCAACCGGCCGUGCCCGUUGGACGCCCUGUGGGCUCCUUAUGAUCUCUUGCGCACUCCCUUCUCAUUGGACUCCUGAUCCAAAUCGGAAAAUCGACAUAUCCUCUCGCCGACGCGGGGAAGGGCGAACUCGAGUCCGGCUGACGAUGACGUCACGGAGUUUGUGUAGAUAGCACAUGCACACUCUCUCCGUGGAGAUGCCAGGUGUGUGCGUUGUUCCAUAAUUUUUGAGAUUAGAGAUUAAAUAUGUUGGAAUUAAAUAUAAACUUCACUUGCGAUAACAAUAAGAGGGAGAUCCACAAAAAUUUCUGGGAUCUUUUUUUUUUUUUUUUCGGAAAAAGUUUCCACUCUCCGGCAGAGAUUAUCAUCAUGUGUAUGCACCGAAGUCUGUAUAGCAAAUAUGUAGAGCUAUUUUGAGGUGGAUUCAUGAA